AUGGCGGAAGACUUCAAGAAGUAUCUGGCGAGUGAGGUGCUGAUUGAGCAGCGAACAAUAUCCUACCGCAACAUCUCCCGAGUCUUCAAAGUGCACGUCAAUGCAGCGAAAUGCAUGCUCUACGAGUUCUACGAAUUUCAGAAUGCGAAGAAGCCCCAGUCGGUCUACGCUACCUACUUGUUGUCUGGGAUAAAGAAGAGACCGACACUUGCUGUGGCCACGAAUGGGACCGCUAGAGGACACACGAACGACUAUGAUCCAGACGAACAUAUUCCUUCAAGCCCACCCCCCUUCACCAGUUCAAUGCUUGAACCGAGCCAACAAAGUAGUCAUGUCGGAGAAGAGGAGGCAAACCAAGUGCCCGUGCGAACCGUAACGUUGGUCAGAGAAGAGGCUUUGGAAGCGAUGAAAGAAGACUACGAGACAAUCACGUCCAUACACAUCUACAGCCUCUCUCCUGCGCGAAUACAAGAUCUUGUCGCGUUGACCGACAUCAGCCGAGGUCUGUUCACAAAUGGGCUUGAAGACGAAAAUGGCAAGAUCUAUGGUAUGAUUCAGAACCCUGAUGUCCGGCGACGCAAAGGCAGGAGACCGGGGAUUCCAGGAGGGCCUGCAUCGAAAUCUCAACCUGUCAAAGAAGAGACGAAAAGGUCUUCGUUGAGCCACACAAAACCUACACCCAAAGGAGCAUAUUCUGCUCCGCCUGUUAAAACCGAAGAGUCCUCACGCCCCAGUUCUCGUGACAGUCCCUCAAUCUCCAGUUCCACCAAACAGCCGCCGACCCUAAAACGAAAUGGGUCCGACCUCUUCAGAGCCUUCGCCAAACACGGCCCGCGAAAAUCGACACCCACGGCUGCUACUCCUCAGCCUAAUAGCCCCGACCAGGACACAACCAUGAACGACGCUGAUGAAGGUGAAUCCGAGGACGAAGCACUUUUCCUCGACACGGGGACACGAAAAUCUGCCAUCACCUCGAAGAAACGGACCAGCGACGCAAAGAAGGAACGUGAAGACAAGGCGGCGAAGCUGCGCAAGAUGAUGGAGUCAGACGAUGAAGAGGAGGCGGCAGCCCCGAGUGUUGAAAAGGCAACAGGGCUGCAAACCGACGAACCUCCCGCAGCGAAGAAGGGCACGGACGCUGAUGCAGAUGCCGGCGCCGACACCGACGCAAAGGACGAUGAUGCGGCUGCUGAGCAAGUGGCGUGGUCGGAAUCCGAUAGCGAGAAGAAACAAGCAUCAAAAGACAAGUCCGAGCAAGACGCAGCCACGGAUGCCCCCAAGCGGCGCCGCCGAGGCAAGCGCAAAGUCAUGCAGAAGCGGACGACCAAAGAAGACGGCUACCUCGUGACCAGGGAGGAAGCCGUGUGGGAGAGUUUCAGCGAGGACGAACCCGAACCCGCGCAGGCUGCUGUCAAGAAGGAGGCUGUUUCAGCAGCACCCAAGAGCACGCCCAAGACGACGCAAAGCCAGGGUCCUACUCCUCAGAGUCAGAAGCCUAGUGCGAAGAAGAAAGGCGGCGGCGGGGGCAACAUUAUGAGUUUCUUUGGCAAGAAAAAUGCAUAG